AUGACACAUCUUCAGUUUAUGAUUAGGCUCGUUGAGGGACUUAUUGGCAGUUAUGAGGAACCUCGAACAAGAGUUGGGAGACCAAGUCUUGGUUCCCCUGAAGCACGACUGACAGCAAGGCAUUUUUUGGAAACUAUUCCUGAUAAAAAACGCAAGAAAUGUGUACUGAGAAGCGUGAAGUUGGAUUAA